GGCGGGGAUGACUCUGGAGAAGCGGGGAUGACUCUGGAGAAGUGGGGAUGACUCUGGAGAAGUGUGUGAAUUGGACAGUUGUCCUGUCCUGCUAAGUAUUCAAAAUGUAACGAGGACUUUUGGGUGUCGAGGAAAAUGUACAGACUAAAAAUAACAUUAUUUUCUUUAGGAAUAUAGUGAAGUAAAAGUAAAAGUUGUAAAAAAUAUAUAUAAAGUACAGAUACCCCAAAACAACUACUUACAGUAAGUAGUACUUUAAAGUAUUUUUACUUAAUUACUUUACACCUCUGGUCUUGAGUGGUUUCAUAGCUUUACUUCUACUAAAAGAGAAGACUUCCAUACUGACUGAGGGAAGUCACAAACUCUGUCCGUGAAGAGUUAACUUUUCAGCAGUAUUCUGCUGCCUCCCCAGUCCGUCUCCUCCUCCUCUUCUCCUCCCACACAACUCCAGCCAUAUAAACAAAACCGUUACAUUUGUACUGGUGUUAUUUUGUCCAUUUCCUGGAUUCGCCAAGUCCGUUGGAGUUCUACCCAGGCGCGCAGGGGGAGAGAGAUGGCACACAGUGAGAACCAACAGUCGUCCUUUUCUGAUAUAAUAGAAUUAAACGUCGGCGGGCAAGUGUAUGUAACUCGACAUGCAACUUUAGUCUCCGUCCCAAACUCUCUCCUGUGGACUAUGUUCGCACAGAAGAGCCCUACAGAACUACCGAAAGACAGCAAAGGACGCUACUUCUUUGACCGGGACGGAUUUCUGUUCAGGUAUAUUCUGGAUUAUCUGCGGGAAAGGGACAUCGUUCUACCGGACUUCUUUAAGGAGAGGGGUCGGUUACAGAAGGAGGCAGAGUUCUUCCAGCUGCACGAGCUCGCACAGCGCCUCAGACCGGCAGUGAGUAAAGAUAACUCUCUCGGGGACGAGCUGUGCGCCCAUGGGGACCCGGAAGAGGCUUCGCUCGCUUGCGCUCUGGGUAGUAGCAGCAUCACCACGACCGCGGUGAGCAGCCCGACUCCGAGCCUUCGCUCCCCGUUCCAGAAGCAUGGCUAUAUUACCAUUGGUUACCGGGGCUCCUACACCAUCGGGAGGGAUAUUCAAACGGACGCCAAGUUCAGGCGUGUGGCCAGAAUAACGGUUUGCGGAAAGACGUCCCUGGCCAAAGAAGUUUUCGGUGAGACUCUGAAUGAGAGCAGAGACCCGGACAAACCACCUGAGAGGUACACUUCCCGGUACUAUCUGAAGUAUAACUUUCUGGAGCAGGCGUUCGACAGGCUCGCGGAGGUCGGGUUCCGCAUGGUGGCUUGCAGCUCCACGGGCACGUGCGCGUACGCGAGCAGCGACCCGAACGAGGACAAAAUCUGGACCAGCUACACCGAAUACGUGUUCUCCCGGGACUGAACAACCCGCUAGGUAGCUUUACCUGAGGGUACUGGGACAGUGACGUCGCGUGACGCUCACCUGUACGGUAGAGAGACUACCUGCAGAAAUGUGAAAACUCCUCGAUCUUCUCUAUAUGUCCCAUCUGAUUAUGGGAAAGGUUAAAGGUUACUGAGGAUUAUUCUGAAAGUAUGGACAUAUUGGUUGUUGUUUUGCCCAGGCCUAUAUAAGGCUAAUGGAGGUAUGUUUCAUGUUGCAGACCAGACUAUAUUAUACAGUUAUUAUACGACUGUUGUGACAGAAUGCUCUCAAUGUGUUUAUACUAACAUUAAACACACACACACACACACACACACACAUUAACACACACACAUUAACACACACACACACACACCACACACACACACACAUUAACACACACACAAACAUUAACACACACACACACACACACACAUUAACACACACACACACAUUAACACACACACACAAACCACACAAACAUUAACACACACACACACACCACACAAACAUUAACACAUUAACACACACACCACACAAACAUUAACACACACACACACACACACACACACACACACACUCAGAUUGGGGAUCCAGCCCGUUUCCUUAAGUUGGGAUCUUAACCCUGCAGAACGUUACGUUUGGAUUUGUGUUUUGUUGCAAUUCAGUAUUAAAAAAUCAUGAACACUU